AUGGAGCACCAGGUGUUCAGAAAGUUCUGGAGUCAGUCUCUCUACACCUGUGCAUCAGAAUGUCUGAUGUCCUCAGCAUGUCUGUCCUUUGGAUUUGAGAAGAAAACACGCACCUGCCUACUAUACAGUAACAGUAGUGAUACUGCUAACGUUGUUGACAGAACGGGAUUCCUCUUCAGUGAUAUUCAACACUGGCCAAAGUCUCUCGCUGGUCGAUGCGCUCAACGGAUAUGUCCCAACAACAACCGCUGUGAAGUUACUCGACUUGGUCUGGCAAGGUGUGUUCCAGAGUUCAAGGGUUGUGGUCAACCGCCGGAAGUGAAUGGCGCCAACACCACGUAUGACGGUCACUACCAGGGAGCGGUGGCGACCUACUUCUGUGACCCUGACUACAGAACCUGCCACAACAAUGUCACCAGCACCUGUCAGUCAUCUGGAGCGUGGGAGAGUUUAGCCGGUCUUUGUGGACAGUUCAGGUGGCACGAUCCGAUUAAAGGCGUUUAUUCAAUUCCGUGUGGCCCAUCAAUCAAGUUCCAGUUGAUAAUGAUUGGGACAGGGACAGAAGCUACAAGAUGGGGUAUCAGGAUUGAGAAACAAGCCGACACAUUAUUCUUCUUAGAGUUUCGCUUAGGCUACAAUAGGGACAGCAACGUGAUCGUUAUGAACACAGUGAAAGAUGAUGUUUGGGGGACAGAGGAGCGUUUCGAUCUAGCAAUGGCUGUUGGAAAAACAAUGGAGAUUCAAAUAACCCUCCAAGAUGGAGUAUACGAGUUAAUCAUCGAUGGUGCCAUCAUUCACCACUUCACGGAGAGAGACGCUGGAGCAAAGCCUGACCACUUUGUAUUUUGGGGCGACGUCUCUGUUAGUAUGAUGGAGUGGGUGUCAUAG